AUGACUCAUGAGCAGUGGCGGAGCCACAAUGGGGUCAGUGGGGUCGCACAACCUCUUGGAAGCCAUGAAAAUAAGCUUAGAGGUCCCUUGGAGCUGCUGAUGCGACCUCUUGGAGCUGCACACCAAGUGGUCGACGAAAUGACUGAAAGAACGAAGGGUUUGCAGCCUGAAGAAGAAGGCUAA